AUGUCUGCCGUUGCUGCCGAUGGCAGCAUGCCGCUAAUGGAGCUGCAUGCCGUCCACUUCGGCUCUCAAGGCCUUGUGCCUUUGAGAGCUGAGGACUUGGCGCCAGGAGGAGCAGGCGCAAGUGCACUUCUUUCGGAAGCACUUGCCAGAGCUUCUGCUCAUGAACUGGACAGACCAGAAGGUGCAGAAAGUGUCCAGGUGACGGCCGUGUUCACUGGACGUCUGACAUUUUUAGCCAGAGGCCAGAUGAACGAAGAUCCAUUAUUGCAACUCCCUCUGCUCAUGGCACAUGUCAGUGCCACGCCCGUGGACGAUGCAGCAGCAUUGCUUGCGUUGGUGGUACCGUCGAGUUCAGCAUCCACGGAGGCCUGGGUGAUGCGUGUCUAUGGACGAGAGCCGGAACUUCAAGCAGUAAUGGGGCUGCUAAGCAAGUCCGGAGUGAUUCGGCACGACCUGUCUGCCGCCUAUGUCAUAGGACCCCUACUUGCGAAAGGAGGAUUUAGCUCGGUAUUCCGAGCUCAGCAACAUGACCCGAGCUCCGCUGGACAAGGGAAGGUUGCUUUCAAAGUUGUUCCAAUGGCGGAUGGUGGAGCUCUUCAACGACAGAUGAGAAAGGAGGUUGAGCUGCAGCUGCUCUGCCAUGAGCACCAAAACAUCGUCAAGCUCGUCUCCAUGUUCCAGGCCGACGGCCAGCAGUUCGCCGAUGACAGGAGACCUCGCUGGGCCAUGGCCCUGUCCCUGGCAGGUCAGGGGGACUUAUUCGAUUGGGUGCAUUGUGGAGGCACUGUGUCGGAAAACUUUGCGGCCAGCAUCAUGCAGGGUCUGCUGGCCGCUUUAAGACAUAUACAUCUUCAGGGAGUCUGCCACCGAGAUGUGAAGCCCGAGAAUGUGCUUCUCUCGAACUCGCGUCCCCUCUUGUGUGACUUUGGGGUCGCAACACGCCUCAGCGAAGUUCGGAAGCGCCCGAUCCACUGCGGGCCUGCGGGCUUUACAGCACCCGAGAUAUUGCUCAAUAUGGAGCCCACAACCCAGAGUGACGUCUUCAGCGCUGGCUGUGUGCUUUUCUUCAUGAUUCUGAAGCAGCGACCCUUCUGUGACCCCGACUUAGCGACGGCCGUCAACAGCGCGUUGACGCGGAAGAUCAACCUCGAUCAAUACGUCGAGCUUCAGGACUCUCACGCUUUGAAAGAUUUGCUCGGUGCACUUAUGGAGAGAUCACCGCUGCAGCGGCCCGAUGCGAAUGCCGCACUCGGCUACAGCUUCCUUCAGGCAGGGCUGGCACCACAUCCGCCGCCAACUGAUCCGACUUCCCGAGCUCAUCAGCGCAAGCAGGCAUUUGCGAAGAUGAUGACUACCGGGGACAAGCAGGCACCUCCCAGCGACUCAGCCAAGCUGGAGGUCCCGCAAGAUGAGAGCAUGCACCAGGAAAUGUCCUUGCACAGCUUCGAAGGGACUCCACCGGAUCCGAACGGCACCACUUGGCAGUCCUGCUUUUCAAACUCUGCCGUUCGAAGCGAGCCGUUGGUGUUCCGCCGACGUUAUGUCGUAGUCAGUGGCACUACGAAGAGCUCUCUUCAACUCAAACCCGUCAGGCAGCUGUUGGAUGUCCUGGAUCUGAGCCAUACGAUUUGGCAAACCUUGGAGUUAUCUGACUGCGAGCAAGUUCCGCUUGAAGUUCCUGAUGAUUCGGAACCCUACUCUCCGUCUGCCUUUGACGCGCAGCCUCCCAGCAAUGUUCUGCUGAACUCAGAGCCUGCCAGGCAUGGUCCUGAAAGGAUGGUGACGGGACAGAUUCGCAGCUUUGUCCGUCAGAACUCUGGUGGCAAGAAGUUUCGCAUCGACAGCGUAGGAGGCGGAAUGACUUCCGAAAUGGGCGAGCAUGCCAGGCUCGUCGGGCCUACAGGGCUGACCUGGAUCAAGCCUCCAGAAGUGGUAGGAUGGGCAUGUUUCGAGCCUCUAGACUCUAGUCCCUUUGGUCAUCUCUUCUACAUCCCAUGUGACGCCAUGGAUGACUGGGACGUGAAAGCAGAAACGCCUGCGCUCAAGCGGCCACGCCUGGCUGAGGCCACGCCCUUCCUCGGAGGAGCGUCGGAAGCUGGCAUCAGCGCGCAGACGCCCUUUUUACCACCCCCAAGUGAGGCUAUAGACCAUUUAAAAAUGGUGACCUCAGAGAAGGAACCACGAAGUGUAUUGGUUUGUGGGGACAUGUACGGCCGCCUGGACUUGUUGCAUGCAAAGUUGAUCGAGUUGAAGAGAGAGGUAGAUCUGGUCCUUGCGGUGGGCCAGUUCUUGCCACCAAAUGAGAUGUGCAGCCGCAUUUCGGAUUAUGUGGGUUCGGCCGCGGCUCGCGUCCUGCCAGUGCCUGUGUACUUCAUCGACAGUGCGUCCGAGGUAUUCAUAAAGAAGGCUGAGCAAGAUAAGAAGCCUGUUCUUUUGCAGCCGAACCUGACAUUCUUGGGGUCCUGUGGGAUAGCGGAAGUAGCAGGGUUGCGCAUUGCCUACCUUUCGGGCAGUUACGACGCAGAGGUCUUCAAACAAAAAUGGGGUCGUGGACUUUUUCACGGUCCUCAUUACACUUCGGCGGCAUUGGACAAGAUUGAAAAACAAGCUUUCAUGAUGCAUCGGAAAGGGGAGAGCAUCGAUAUUUUGUUGACCUCCGAAUGGCCUGACAAGGUGUGGUCAUCGCAUGCCAAAGCCUGGGUAACCCCAGUUGUGAAAAAGACGUGCUCGAGUCCUGCUGUCUCCAGGCUCGCCGCUAAGCUCUGCCCCCAGUACCAUAUCUACGGAAUUGCUGAUCGAUUCUGCAAGGUCAAGUCUGACAGGAGAAGUGGUGCCAUUUGUCACUCUACCACAUCCGUGUCCUUGGCCCAUGUCCGGGAUCUGCAUUACAUGGAAGGUCAGACUAGAUGGUGCGAGACCCUGUCAAUUCGACCAAGCGCCAAGAAAUCAAUUGCACCUGUGAUCGUUGACAUAGAGGAUGAAGACCUCUUCGUCGAGACGAAGCGGGCUCCGGUGAUUGGAGCAAAGGUGGCAGCAGACCAGGUGAAUCGCGACCUCUUCGGCACGUGCCACUUCACGCAGGAGCGGACAGAGGACGGCCGGCGCCGGCGGCUUGUGAGGAAGGCCACGCUUGGCGAAGGGCAGGAAGGGCAGCCUCAGGAGGAGGACUUCGACGACACCGCCUCAUGGCAAUCUUGGAGGUCCGGGGUGAUGUCCAGUGCCUCGCGGCGCUCUUCGCGUGGCCGAAGUGGCUCCGUGAUGAGUCUGGUAAGCAAUGCGAGUGCUGUAGCAAUGCGCGAGCUGCUGGCAGCCAGCGACGAUGAGGCACAUCGAGACGACACUGAUGAAGACUAUGCCAUAGGACCGCCAGCAGGACGAACUCUCUCUGGAAGGAGUGUUGGUGGACCACCCGUGAUGCACAGACUCUCCAUCCCAGGGGCUGGUGAUCAUCCGCCAAAGAGGCCGAUGCUAACGCCGUCGCCACCGCAGACAGCUCGCGAGACGAGGGAUGAGCGAGGAGAUCGCGACUGGGGCACCUGUGUUUUUGGCAAGGAUCAAGCAGGGCCUGGCCGGGGACGCAGAUUAGUGAAGCCGAUGUGUCAGCAGCUGGCUGUUCCUGGUCCAGAGGCCCAUAGUUAA